CCCAAACAAAAAAAAAAUCCUGACCGGAAAACCCUAUAACCCAAGUCCCGCCACAAUGGGAAGAAGCGAACGAAAUUGAGAAAGAACUUGGCAGAUAGUUGACCAAAAUCGGGAUGGAGGGGUUCCAGAAAUCUGUUCGUACCGCCAUGUCUCAAUCAAAAGACAGCUCAGACGACCUCGCCACCGCUCUUUCUUCCACCUUCGAGAAAGCUAAAGCCUCCUUCAACAACUUCUCUGCUGCUGCCACGACUGCCACUCCGUCCAAUUCCAUCCCAGCUGAUCCCCCUCAGCUCUUGCUCACCAGACAGUCCGGAAAGGUAGUGUCACUGUUGACUUGCUCAAAGCUUUGUGCCGUUUUCUUUGUUGCUGGAGUAUUUGUUGGCUACACCCUCAAGCGGCGUGUCCGGCGCUGGGCAUCCAAACUUCUUAGGGGGUUGAAAGAUGAAUGAAUCCAUAGUGCAUAAUGACAAGAAUUUUGAGCUUACCAUUGCUACAUAUGGCACAAGAUUGUAGUUACUAACAAAGGGCAAUUGAGGUACAAGAAGUUUUGCAUAUUCCACAAAGAAUGAAGCUGUUGGGGCUAUUGGAUUUUCUCCCUUGAUAGAAGUUGCAUGUUUACUUUUACAUACCUUUGCCCAUGCUCUGUUACUAAUAUGAGUUGGCCGUACAAAAUUCCAAGUGACUCAAGAGUCUGUUUUUCUGUACUUCUAUAUAUUAAAAAAUUUUCACGUAAUGGUUAAUUUAUUCUGCAGACCUCAGCGUGCUCAACUUUGUAAUA